ACUACCUACGACGACUGCGACGACGACAGCGAUGUCAAUGACGGUGAUAAUGACGGAAAAGAGGCGCGGAGAUGAGGCGGAGACAGAUAUACACGAGAAAAGAAAAAGAAGAAGAAGUUGAUGAAGAAGAAAAAAUAAGAAUGAAAUUCGCAGUAAAAUGAGAGGAAAAAAAAUAACUCGGCUAAAAAAAUAGUAUAGUGUAUAUAUAUACAUAAGAAGAAGAAAAAGAAUCGGGGAAAAACAAUGCGAGAAAAAAAAAAGAGCCGAAAUAAAAGAGGAGAAAAAGAUUUUGCUUAAAAAAAACAAAAAAAACAAAAAGGAAAAUAAAAUAAAAGGAAAAAAAAGAGAAAGGAAAUCUUAAAUCCGUUGGUAAUGAAUAUUUUACACCGAGUUAAAGAUUAAACUUAACCUACAUGUAGAUGACGAGUUUGUGCGAGAUAAAUUUCGUAAAAAUGAACGAUACCAUCGGGAGAUGUUUUUACGAAGCUAUACCUACAUAACGGCGCAAACGAACGAACGAAACAACAGGAGCGUCGUCGUCGUCGUCGUACUCGUACUCUUCGCAGCAACCGCCAAAAAAAAGGAACGAACGUGAACGAGUGAGCGAGCGAGCGAGCGAACGAACGAACGAACGAACGAUUCUCUCUGUAUAGCAAAGAAGAGAAUCGCAUCGUUCGCGCGCCGCGAAUGUACACGGUGGGCUUUUUCGGAUGCUGCUUAUCCCGCGCCGCGCCACAGAAGCAGUACACAACAGAAACCGUAGUAAAGUGAUCGCGAAUUCCGGGCUGUCCGAGAAUCGUGUACUAACCAAGAAGAGAAAAGGCAAGGAUAGCAAAACCAUACAGCAGGAUCGCGUAUCUCGAAAGGCGCGCGUGAAGCGGAUCGUCAUCGUCGUCAUCUGGGAGUAUUGUGUACCGCCGAAAAGGAGUAGAAGAAGAGAGCCAGAUAAUUGAAAAAUUCCAAUUGCAAUUGCAAUUCCUCGGCAGUGACGAAGAAGAAGGAGCGAAACCAACGAUCGUGAUUUUCUUUACGUAUCGUUUAUCGGUAUUUUGGCUGUGCAGGGCUCCUCAUCGCUGCACCCGGUGUGGUGCAUCGCAAUUCUCUUCGUCGAAGUCGAAGUCGAAGUCGUCGUCGUCGCAAAAAUGUCUUCAUCGCAAACGCUGCUGUGAUCUCAGGACCUAUUUUGGUCUUUAUGAUAUACCGAACAUGGAACGAUUUGGCCUCCGAUCGUUUUUCGUCAUUUCGGCCCUUUUUCUUCACAUUUCCAAAGUUUGUUUCGGAGGCCAAUAUGAAAAACAAUUACUUCACAAUUUGCUCGAUUCUUAUAAUGUUUUGGAAAGGCCGGUAGCGAACGAGUCGGAUCCGUUACAGUUGAGUUUUGGACUUACACUCAUGCAAAUCAUCGACGUGGAUGAAAAGAAUCAAUUACUCAUCACCAAUAUUUGGCUCAAACUGGAAUGGAACGACGUUAAUUUAAGGUGGAAUGCUAGCGAAUACGGUAACGUUAAGGAUUUAAGGAUACCUCCACAUCGAAUAUGGAAACCGGAUGUUUUAAUGUAUAACAGUGCGGAUGAAGGGUUUGACGGCACAUAUCCUACCAACGUUGUUGUACGCAAUAACGGAAGCUGCCUCUAUGUACCUCCUGGAAUUUUCAAAAGUACUUGCAAAAUUGAUAUCACUUGGUUUCCAUUCGACGAUCAGCAUUGCGAAAUGAAAUUCGGAAGUUGGACGUACGAUGGGUUUCAGCUCGAUUUGCAAUUACAAGACGAAGCUGGAGGUGAUUUAUCUAGUUUUAUCACAAACGGAGAAUGGGAUUUGUUAAGUGUACCUGGCAAACGAAAUGAAAUUUACUACAACUGCUGUCCCGAGCCAUACGUAGAUAUCACAUAUGUAAUUAAUAUAAGGCGGAGAACAUUAUACUACUUUUUCAACCUAAUAGUGCCAUGCGUAUUAAUCGCUUCCAUGGCUGUAUUAGGCUUUACACUGCCACCGGAUUCCGGCGAAAAAUUAUCUUUAGGUAUUACUAUACUUUUAUCAUUAACUGUUUUUCUAAAUAUGGUUGCUGAAACAAUGCCUGCUACCUCUGAAGCUGUUCCUCUAUUAGGUACUUAUUUUAAUUGCAUCAUGUUCAUGGUAGCGUCGUCUGUGGUAUCUACUAUUCUUAUACUGAAUUAUCAUCAUAGAAAUGCAGAUACUCAUGAAAUGACCACUAUGGUCAAAGUAUUAUUUUUAACAUGGUUACCAUGGGUGCUACGAAUGAGUAGGCCUGGUCAAGAUCCGUGUUCGGAUAAUUCGCGUAUGUCGAUGCAAAUACGUGAUUUAGAAUUGAAGGAUCGCUCAUCGAAAAGUCUUCUAGCGAAUGUCUUGGACAUCGACGACGAUUUCAGACAUAACACUUAUCAGUCUUCCAGUCGUCAUCCAAGCUUUUACCGGCACGACGAUCCGACGACGGGGCCGGGAGGCGGCUCCAACGGGGUAGGCGUCAUACACACGACUACAACCUCGUCCUCGUGUAUAGGACCGCAUCGCGAACUUUCGCUCAUACUCAAAGAGCUACGCCUUAUAACUGAGAAAAUCAGAAGAGACGAAGAGGCUUCCGAUAUCACCAACGAUUGGAAAUUCGCUGCCAUGGUCGUCGAUCGUUUAUGUUUAAUAAUUUUUACUUUGUUUACUGUUAUCGCGACAAUCGCUGUUUUAUUGUCGGCUCCCCAUAUCAUUGUUACGUAAUUUUAAAAAAUUGUUUUAUUUAUAUAUCGUCGUUUCAGUUCCGUAAAUUUUGUUUUUUGUUUUUUUUUGAUUUUUUUUAUGAGAAAGAAAAACUGCCCGCUAACCGUAUAAAUUGGUUCGAUGCGUAUAAAUUUUCGUACAUCGUCGAAUGUCUGAAUUUAUUUAUUUUUUUUUCCAUUUGUUUUGUAGAUGAAUUUCAAAAUACUUACCUAUUUGUGGGCUUUUUUAAAAAUUAAUAAUCGGCUCUCGGUAUCUAUAGGUAGGCAUUUUUCCACCUAUACGAUCGAUUUGGUCAUUCGACUACGAAAAAAAAAACGAAAAAAACGCCUGCAUUAAUUAUCUCGUAAUCCCACCUAUAUAUUUUUUUUAAUACCUUCAUAAAACAUAUAUUUUGAUCCUUCUGAUGAACGCGUAAAAUUUUUAUACGUUUUCAUUUGUUUUUCUCAUGUUAAUUUUUUUACGAUUAUUGUUAUUUAUUUUUAUUAUUUCGUAAAUCUUAAUAUGGUAUUUGAAAAUUUGUUGCUUUCACUAUU